GGCCAGCCUCGCAUUUCCAACGGCACGAAGAUGCAAACAGCCGUCGCGACGGCAAUGUUUGAUUUAUUCUUUCGGAAAAUCUUUCCGGCCUGUGCGGUGCGACCGUGAGACGGUCAUGUGAGGCGUGCGCGCCGUCGAGCUCUGGGGGUCGACCGCCGAGGGCCGGAGAAGAUGGAAGAAGAAGAUCAGGAGCCGUGUCAGGAGUCCUCUCGGGCCGCAGACGUCGUCAAAGCGCCUCAGAAAUGUCAACCCAAGCGAUACAGCGAGAUCUUCCGAGACUUUGACAACCUGGAGUUAUCUUUGAUCCCCGAUGACAAGGACGACCUGCUGUCCGACACUUCGGAGUUGAGCUCCGAGGGCGUCGCCGGGGAGAGCGCGCAACUCGCGGGGCAACAUCAAGCGUCUGAAAGCUGUGCAACUGUCGAAGGUGAUGGAAACUCAUCGGCCCACGAAGCCGACCUGGCGCUGUGCCGCUGCGACGACGGCGUGGAGAUCGCCCUGCGGUACGCCAAGAUGUGGUGCCGCUACGCCAAAGAGCUCCUGGCCUGGAUGGAGAAGAAGAUCAGCUUGGAACAAGAAUUUGCUAAAAAUGUCAUGAAGACGUCAGAAGCUGCAAAAGCCAAUUUGGCGGCACAGGAAACCAUGCCGCUGCAGUCCAUCUACGCCAUGGCUCUGGAACAAGACGCGAAGAACAGCCUGAGCUCCAAAAAGACGUCGGACCUGGUGCAAAAGCGCUGUUACCAAGCCUUGGCCGCCAAGAGGAACGAGAUUGAUAAGUGGCGCCGGGAAUUCAAGGAGCAGUGGGUGAAGGUGCAGAGGAGGAUGAACGAAGCGGUGACGGCGCUGAAAAAGUCCCGUCAGCAAUACUUGCAGCGCUGCGACGAGCUGGAGAAGGCCAAAGCGGUCACGGCUAAAACCGUGGACGACGCCGGUGGCCUCAAAACUCUGGACAAGAGGAGGAAGUCCAAGGAUGAAGCCCAAACCAAGGCGAUGGAGUCCGAACUGUUGUACAAGCAAUGCGUGCGCGACGCCAAGAUCCACCAGGACGAGGUCGUAAAGGUCAAAGAGCGAAUCAUCUCUCACACCCGCAAGCUCAUCUGCCAGGGAGACACGGUCCUCAAGCAGGUCACGGUCAACAUGUUCUACUACCAGCGGCAGCAGACGGAACCGGUCCCUCUGGGCUAUCACAACCUGGAGCUGACGUGCCGCUCGCUGGAGCCCGGCGAGCCCUACCUGGCGUACGUCCGCGCCAGGCGCUGCCAGGAGACGCCGCCGCAGGUCUUCUCCUUCCAUGAGUACGUGGCCCAGGGGGACAGGGCCAAGCGGAAAACCAGCAACCCCCUCAGCGCCUUGCAGGACUCGUCUCCUCACACAGAUGACAGUUCUUCCAGACUGCCCAGUGACUCCAGGAGAUUCGGCUUGAGUGACAGCGAAAGCGUCGGCGGCAGUUUGGAGUCUCUGUCCAGCCCUGCUCACGUUCCCAGGAUGCACCAGAGGGCAACAUACAACCUGCUCGCAGACGACCCGGAGGACCGCGAUGUGGCGUCUGAGUCGGAGUGCCUCGACGGGCAGCAGGUCAAAGUUCGCACCCCGUCCCGGGCGGCGCUGACUCACCGCCUCAGGAAGCUGAAGAGCAAGAUGGUGAAAUGCAAGCAGUGCGACAACUACAUUUACGUCAACGGCGUGGAAUGCGAGGAGUGCGGGCUGGGUUUGCACAGGAAGUGCAUGGAGCUGUGCCUGAUGGAGUGCGACAACAGCAAGCGGACGGUGUUCGGCGUCGCGCUGUCCUCGUUGCUGCGCGACACGCCCGACGACGUCCCGUUCGUGGUGCGACGCUGCACCGCCGAGAUCGAGAGCCGUGCUCUCUCUGUGCAGGGGGUGUACCGGGUGAGCGGCUCCAAGCCUCGCGUGCAGAAGCUGUGCCAGGCCCUGGAAGAGCUCAAGGAGCACGCGGACCUCUCGGAGGUGUCGCCGCACGACGUCACUUGCAUCCUCAAGCACUUCUUCAAGGAGCUCCCCGAGCCGCUGCUGACGUUCGAGCUGUACCACGAGUUCAUCGCGGCGGGGAGGAGCAUCUGGCACGGGGGCGAGCGGGACACGGCGCGGGACGCCGACGACGUCGUCGGGAACCUGCAGCGGCUGCUGGAGAAACUCCCGCCAUGUAGUUACAAUACCCUGCGGCACCUCAUAGUCCAUCUGCAUAAGGUUUCCCGAAACAACGAGAACAAGAUGUCCUCCAGCAAUUUGGGCAUCGUCUUCGGUCCGACCCUCCUGCGCCCCCCGGUGUGCACGGAGCAGCCCGCCGUGGCCCUGCAGGAAAACACCUACCAGGCCUUUCUGGUGGACUUCCUCAUCUCGCACAACGACGAGAUCUUCGUCCUCCGCCGGACGGCCGGGACGCCCCCUCCUCCGCCGCCCCCGACGUGCCCGCUUCCAGACACCCCGCCCAGACGCGCCUGCCCCCUGGACGGGGACUUCGACACCAGACCUGAGCAGGCAACCUCCUCCAGGGAGCGCCCGUACUCGCUAGAAAGCGAGAGAAUGAAGAGGGAGUCGAGCGAGGGUUAUAUAUCGGACAAGUCUUCGUCCAAUGAAGCGGUGGACCAGCUCGGCCCAGAAGCCAAUGACGGAGCAGUCCUGGCUAUGAGCAAGACCCAUCGCGAGCCAAAGCGGGACUUCGCCUCGGACAAGCCGCACUACCGCUUCACCAGGCAGCCCGUCAAGUACCAGCGCCAUCACAACCCGAGAGGCCGGGGUUCCGGCCGGAGCUGCGACGGCGGACGACCCGCGGCGCCCGGCGCUGGGCUCCCGGGCAGCGCCGACAGCAGUCGCAGCUCCUCCCCAGAGCGGGCCGCCCACGGUCCGCUCCGUAGCGCCGAGGACGUCGCGCCUCUCAGCCCGCGGGACGUCGUGCAGUACAUGCUGGGCCUGGAGCCGGCGGCCUCCGGCGCCACCCGGCCCCGCGCGGACCCCUCCGGUACCGGCGCGCAGAAGACGGUCUCGUGCCGCUCUCCCAGGCCUUUUCUCGCCGAGCACCGCUCGGGCUCGCCCGCCCAGAAGAUCCUCUCGGGCCUGAAGCUGAGACGCAGCCAAUCGGGCAAGGAGGAACAACUUUUCGUCUGAGGAACAACAACGGCGCUGCAAGCACGUAAUACGGAUUCUGUUACCGAUAUGGACUCGCAUGUUAUUGCAGACGCAUGCGAGUACUUUUUAUAUCAGUGUCUUGUGGCUGGGGUGGUACUGCUUUCGUAGCCUUCACACGUCUGGAACCAGAACUUUUCAUUCACAAAGGAACAAGCAGUCAUCAUGAUCAGCCCUGUGCGGUGUACUCGUCCGCUUUGGACUCAAGCAGGGUCCAAACGUGACGAUCCUUGGGCCCGAUUUGAACCGUUACGCGUUCCUUCCUAUUAAAGUCAACCAAGCCAAAUGGUCGGAUGUCUUUGAAAGAUGAUCUUGUGGUGUGCUGAGAGUGAUUUUGCCCUUUUCUAAUUAUAAUUAGCAAUGGCC